AUGACCACUUUUGAAUCCAACCCUGAUUUCACCCUCUUUCCCUUCCACGCCCGGUCCAAGAUGAUGGCUGUCGAAGCUGCCCGGCCGAAACAGCUAUACUUCGAUCCCAUGAUGGAUCCCUCCAUGUUCUCCUUUUCCCUUGAGAGUCUCCCCAACUACGCACACGGCCACGAUAUGCCCACUGCUUCCAAUUCCUACUACGAUACCCACCCUUUGCUGGAGUCCGCAGAUCUGCACAAUCCUACCUAUUUCUCUUCUAUACCAGCCACACCGCCUUCGCUCUCCGCGUCUCACUCCGCAGAGCCAUAUAUUUCCACCGGGUCUGCCUCCGGGCAGUCCAUUGCGAGCGCAUCUUCUUCGGCGAUGGGAUCGCCAUACUCGGGAACGGCGCAGGCAUUUCAGGAGAAUUGGGUGAAUACGAACCACGGAUUGGGUCUACCAGCCGCAGUCAUGGACGACCUUUUCUCGCAGGAAUACAUGGGAAGUAUGUUGGACAUGGAUAUGCCCUAUCAAGAGAAAUUCCCGGACCCUUUUGUCGAUCCCUCAUUGAUUCAACCGACGCAACAAGGGCCUGGAAUUACCCCGACUAUCUCAUACCCCGACCAACCCACCUCUUCCUACUCGAACGUGCCACCGAACUACAUCUCCCACUCUCCCGCUCCUUCACCUCUCUCAUAUAAUGAUCUUACAGAGCACCACUCACCCGCAAUGCAGCACAAUGGGCUAUCUCCCCUCAUGGUCCCACACAGGUCGCAUUCACGACCGCUCUCCAUCUAUGACCGACGGUCGUCCAUUUCCUCAAUUCAUUCCCGACGCUCGCAACACAGCCCGGCGCUGAGCAGCAUCGAACCGGACGAAGAAAUUAAGGAGAAAGGGCGCUGCCCACACCCCGACUGUGGCCGCGUCUUCAAAGAUCUGAAAGCCCACAUGUUGACUCACCAGUCAGAGCGACCCGAGAAGUGCCCGAUUCUGAACUGCGAGUACCACAUCAAGGGCUUCGCGCGCAAGUACGACAAGAACCGCCACACCCUGACCCACUACAAAGGAACAAUGGUAUGCGGCUUCUGCCCGGGAUCCGGCUCCCCCGCGGAAAAGAGCUUCAACCGCGCAGACGUUUUCAAGCGCCACCUGACCUCCGUCCACGGCGUGGAACAGACCCCGCCGAACUGCCGGAAGCGCAGCCCCGGAUUAAAGAAGGGCACCAACUAUAGCCCCGACGCGACAGGAAAGUGUUCGACCUGCUCAGCGACCUUCAGCAACGCACAGGACUUCUACGAGCAUCUGGACGACUGCGUUCUCCGUGUCGUGCAACAAGAAGAGCCCUCCGAGGCAAUCAACCAGCAGCGCCUGGCAGAGGUCGCGUCAGACGAGGAGGUGAAGAAGACCAUGGAGAAGCACCAACUCCUCGACGUGCCCGGCCCGGUCGAGCAAUUAUUCGACGAUUACGAAGACCAAGAAGACGACGAUACCCAAGAUCCCGCCAGCUGGCGCGGCCUGAAGACGAAACCCAGAUCCUCGAAGAGCAACAUUCCCGCCUCGCGUCCGAUUAUCGGCUCCGGAAAUGCAGUCUCCAAGAAUGUCUCCAAGCCCGCCCGCGCUGUCGUAACCCGCCGUCGCAAUAACCGCGGCAACUACCCCCAGUCCUGGGGCUGUCCCAGCAGCACCAUGAAGACGAAGAAGCGCGUGCUGUGUGUUUUUGAUGGCCAGCGCCGUCUGUGGAAAGACGAGAUGAUGCUCAAUAACGAGUUCGAGGUCCGUCUGAGACUGCUCGGUGGUGCGGGCGACGGUACCAACCGGGAUGCCUACGUUACCGAUCUGGACGUCGAGACUUUGAAGCGCGCUGAGGGCGUGCUGAGUGCCACAGAGGAGGAGCGUGGUCCUUGGUUGAACGGUCCUUCGCCUUACAUUAUGGGUCAGCCGGCGAUGCUAUUGCCGGAACUGUCUCAUGAUGACGAGCUUUCGCUCAAUGAAUUAAUGGCUUAA